CAUGACAAGUUCGCAACAGAAGAUAUUUUCUAUCAAGCGGUUGAAGCAGGAGAGCUCUCUGUAUCCCAAUCUGCAGUCAACCUGACAGAAGUUUCUAGUCGUUUGAAAAACGCGACAAUGUCUGUGUAUGUUGAGGUGUGUGUAAUGAUAGCUAAACUACCCGCAAGAAUGGAGAAAAGCAAACGAAAGAUGAUGCAUCCACGUUGUUACCCGAGGCCCGGAUUUCCGGGCUAAGGAUCUAGUAAUGAUGAUCGUUGGAGUAUGACUGUGCUUUAGAUUUCUCUUGUGCAGCUACAUAUAUACCAAAUAAUUAAACUGUGCAUACUAUUAGCUAUAAUCAGGUUUUAGAAUAAUUAUUGUUCUAUGGAGGAAAUGUGACUAGUUUCAGAACUCAAAUUUCACUACACUGCAACUUAGUAUCAUCGAGGCUGUUUCUAGUUAUUAUAAACUUAAUUGAAUCAAUUAACAGAGAGUAGCCUAGGUAGGUAUCAAAUAGAUGAUUGAAGGCUAAUUUUUAUUUUGCCCUUUGGAGGGAACUACAUUAUACAGUGUAUGAUCUUGGGUGUGAUAGAAGAUAUAAAAAUAAUGGUUGGACAUCAGAUUAAUUGUGUUAAGCUAUCAGCAUACACAAGACACUGCAGGGUCUUACCUCACUGCAUGUCAAGACCUCUCAGUUUAAUCUCAUGCACACACAAUCCAUGUUUUGCCAACAGACUGAGGCUUAUCUAGUGAGGAUCUUAAUCAAGAAAGCUUGUUGUGGUACUUUAUCUUAGGCAUGUGUACAUAAGACACAUGGGUCUGACCAGACUCAUCUUUAUUGAGUACAUGGAUGCAUACCUCUAAACAAACAAGGGUCAUGCAAGUAAUAUUUAACAUUGUGUGUAUGACUCUUUUACCUGUAUGUGAUAGCCAUCUCAGUUGACCCAUAUCUUGGACAUUGUUCAAAGAGAUCGUGCUAUUUAUGUUGCUAAGCCUCAUCAUCACAGACUGACGACCAGAAAGAAAAUGGUAUUUCAUGUUAGCAAAGCUUUACCAGAGUUUGAAGAUCAAAUACAAAAAACGCUAAGUGCACACAUUUCAGCUGGAAAGACUAGAAUUCAUUACAGAUUUGUUGAUGAUUUAAUAUUUGAAGAUUUUAAUUCAUCGCCAACGUCUGCCUUUACUAUCUAUUUACUUGCUUUUCCAACUAUAAUGCAAAGCACUGUCAAGCCAUCAUACUGGUAUAGCCUUAACUCUGAUUCAGGCUGCGGCACAACAGUGUGGACUGGCAAAGAAAGGUACUUAUGGAUUGAUCUUUCAGCUGGACCUGUAGGCAUGUUUACUGUAAAGGAAAAUAGUAAUAUAGUUAACCAAUGGACUUUACCAAGAUUAGAGCAUUAUGGCAGCUCAACGAAUUUCAGAGACAAUGAGUUUACAACAGCAGUUGCUUCUCUUCUGACGAAAAUAGGAGAACAGGUGAUUGUUCCCUCUCUUCAGUAUGCUCGCCCAUUUACAGAUGCUCGGCAAAUUACACUGCAACUAAUAGUCAUUUCUGAUGAUUUGUCUACAUUAGUGGAUCGUGCAGUAUCUCACAGCAUUGAUUGGCAGUUAUUUAGAGAUACUAUCGGUAGAUUGGCAUUGUAUGGGCAAAAGCUAUUAUAUAAGGUUACUCCUCUUGUUCUUGAAUCAUGUCCUCAUUGUGUGGCAUCAUUCUCACAUGCACUGGCAACUAAAGUACAAGCGUUAUCACAGAACAGCUCCUCGGUUGUCACCCACCAAUAUUUAGACUCAAUAGAGUUGCAUCAUUGGUUGUUGCAAUUUCGAAAGUCAUUUGGUUUACAGCCUUUGCCAGGAUUGAGUAUGUCACCGUUCAAUAAAUUCUUCACGUUGCCUAUCUUUUUGUUUGACUUGUCUGGCUAUCACUCUUUGUUAUUGGAUGAUGGUAAACAGGCAGUGUCAUUUGAAGACAUGGUGAUAGCUGUUCGUACUCCAUCUAGUAGACAAUCUACUGGAUUUCAUUGUACAGGAAACAAGCCUGACUUUGAUACAAGCGAAGUCACUAGACCAGUUCUUGCAUCUCUUUUUGAGUCUCUUUAUGGCUUGUUACCAACUGAAUAUUUUUUAAAAAAUGGUUCACAUGUAGAUUACUUGUGGGCUGCUGGUCUUACUCCAUUUGGUUAUUUGAGUUCAUCAAAGGAAAUUUCAUUUGCCUUACGGGAAGCAGCCCUUCGAGCUCCUGUGUUAUUAAAUGUGGAUUGGAGUAUGACAAUUUUGUCUAAAGCAAUAGAUCAUUAUCAGGAGUUUGGAGUUGAAAUUUGUGCUGCUCUAUCUAAAUUCCAAUGUUCUCAAUUUGCAAUGCGUUGGCAUUUACUCCAAUAUAAGUUGACUCACACGAUGUCUCUUCUCUCAGUUGGUAAUUACCACAUUGCUCUCUACUUCAGUCGAUCUUUGAGAUUAGAGAUAGUUGCAUUGAGAAUCUUUUUGAAAGAAGCCGAAACCUCCAUCUAUCCUCGUCUUCGUUGUGAAGGGGUUCCACUGAGCAUGUGGUCGCUACCUGGACUGUUGGUCAUGUCAUGUAUGUUUGUGGCAUUGGUGCUGGUGAUUGCCAGUUUAUACGUGGUCAUUACCAGGACUGGCAUAUUGGCCAUGGUUGCAACACCACAUCUGUACACAAAGCCUAAAGUUGUCUAGGUGUAUAUCGAUAUCAGUACGACUUUGGUACGUAGGUACACUUGUGAUGGAUGCUAUCACAGUGUAUGUACACUGUACAUGGCUUCAUUGAAUAGUCAUAUUGAUUAUUAUGAUAUAGAUACUAAGACUUUGAUAUUAAUUAAGUAACAAGACCUACUGUACCAAACGUGAGACUUUGUUAACAGCAUCUAUACAAUUAAC